GGGGCGGGGCGGGGCCGGGCGGGGCCGGUAGUCCGCGCUCCAGCGGGUUGUAGUUUGUGGGGCUGCGACCCCCUCCCGCCCACGCCCGCUUCCCCGCCCCUCGCCCGGCACCGCCGACAGGUGAGUGGUCCCUCGGGCUCCUGCCUGCUGCUGGGACGACGCCGACAGAGUCCCCGCCCCGAUUAGGACUACAACGUCUGGCCUCAGAAUUGGGGGUGAGGUCGUGGAAACCCUGGAAUAACCCCCCCCAGCCCCGCCUCCAUCUUCACUUCGCUACCCUCACCCCUGCACAUGAAAACCGUAAAACCCACAGAUGCUCCAGGUGACCACUAACAACUCUCCACUCUGAUUGGUCUGGCUUCAAAAUGUCUCUGUGCCCUCUGUGAGCUCUAGGAAUCGUGCAGCUGACAACACUGGCAUCAUUCUUUGCCAAGUAAAUGCGUCUAUAGACACUAACCCCCAAACAGAAUGACGUUCAGAGGCUGAAAAGUAGGUCAGAGUCUACGGCGUCCUUGGCUUUCUGGACUAACAAUGACCCCAAAUUCUGGACAACAGAAUAUUUUCAGCUGGAGAGAUUUACAAAUAGUGCUUGAGCAUCAUGGAGCUUCUAGGUUCUACUUUAGCGGCAACUUAUGCCCACCCUAGACCAACACCAGCCAACUUUCUACCAGCCAUCAGUGCCAUGGCCUCAAGCUAUAGGGACUGCUUCCCCCACUGCAAUCUGACCCAUAGUCUGAGCCUGCCUUGGAGACCAAGCACGUACUGCAAAGCAGCCUCCAGCUCGCCAGCCUUGGACCCGUACUGCACCAGAUCUCAGAGGGUGUCCGAGAGCACCAUGCUUCCCUUUGUUUCCAACAGAACCACACUCUUCACCAGAUAUACUCCCGGUGAUUGGUACAGGUCCAACUUAGCCAACUUUCAAGACUCCAACGCUUCCCGACACAAUUCAGAGAGACUGAGGGUAGCUACGUCUCGCUUGAUUCAAGACAAAUAUCAACAAACGAGAAAAACCCAGGCAGACUCCACCCACAAUCUGGGAGAACGAGUGAACGACAUAGGAUUUUGGAAAUCUGAAAUCACUCAUGAGUUGGAUGCAAUGAUUGGAGAGACAAAUGAACUAACCGAUGUGAAGAAGAAACUGGAGAGGGCUUUGAUGGAGACAGAAGCCCCUCUUCAGGUAGCCCGGGAAUGUCUAUUUCAUCGAGAGAAGAGAAUGGGAAUCGAUCUAGUUCAUGAUGAAGUGGAAACAGAGUUGCUGAUGGAGGUUGAUAUUAUUCUGUGUUGUCAAGAAAGGAUGAAGCUGCAUUUGGACAAGGCCAUUGCCCAACUGGCGGCCAACAGAGCUUCCCAGCACGAGCUGGAGAAGGACCUGAGCGACAAGCAGGCAGCUUACCGCAUCGACGAUAAAUGCCACCGCCUGCGAAACGCGUCGGACGGCGUCAGCUACUUCCGCGGAGUGGAGCGGGUGGAUGCCAUGGUCUCGGUGCCCGAGUCCUGGGCCAAAUUUACCGACGACAAUAUUCUUCGCUCCCAGAGCGAGCGAGCUGCCUCUGCGAAACUAAGAGACGACAUCCAGAACCUCCUGGUGGUGACAGCCAACGAGUUGUGGAAUCAGUUCAACAAAGUGAACCUGGCUUUCACCAGCCGCAUUGCUGAGACUGCAGAUGCUAAAAAUAAGAUUCAGAUUCACCUCGCAAAGACCCUGCAGGAGAUUUUCCAGACGGAGAUGACCAUCGAAUCCAUCAAGAAGGCCAUCAAGGACAAGUCUGCCUUCCUGAAGGUGGCUCAGACCAGGCUGGAUGAGCGUACGCGGAGGCCCAACAUAGAGCUCUGCAGAGACAUGGCUCAGCUGCGCCUGGUUAACGAGGUGUACGAGGUGGACGACACCAUCCAGACCCUGCGGCAGCGCCUGAGGGACGCGGAGGACACGCUGCAGUCGCUGGUCCACACCAAGGCCACCCUGGAGCACGACCUGGCGGUCAAAGCCAACUCCCUGUACAUCGACCAGGAGAAGUGCAUGACCAUGCGCAGGAGCUUCCCCAGCACCCAGCGGCUGGUGGGCUUCUGCUAGGGCCCCCUCCCCCGGACCAGGUGUGAGGCUCCCCAGGCAAGGCGGAACCAGGGCGCCGCGCAUGCGCACAUCCACGAGGGCGGAUCUAUAUUCACUUGCUUAUUAAAGGAUCGUAUUUAUAGA